UGGGGCUGCCCCUCGGGGUCGCCCUUCUGGGACUUGGAGUACCACCGGCCCUCCGGCGGAAUGGAUGCCAGCUGCGUGGCACUCCAAGGCAGUCGAGAUUACUACUGGCGUGACUUCCCCUGCGACUAUCUCAAGCCCGGCCUGUGUGUGUGCGGGGAAGUGCCCGAGCCUCACAUACCGCCAGAGGUCGUCUGCCCAGAGAAUACAACUCGUAUUUUCGAUCGGUGUGUGCUUAUUCUUCCGUACCUCGUGGACACCUUCCAGGAAGCGCGGGAGGGCUGCGCUGCCGAAGGAGGCGAUCUGCUCAGACUCAACAACCCGGGAAUCAUGAGGGAGUUCUACUUCUUUGUCGAAGCUGAUGCAGGAAACUGGAGCGAAAUUAUCUUCGUUGAUGGCCAGCUGAACGAAGCUGGAAAAUUCCUCUUUGGUGACAAUUCUGAAGUGCCGAUGGGUUCCCCCUAUUGGCAGGUCGGGCACCCUACCGGGGAGGCCGGCCAUCUACACUAUUCUACUUCAGUCUACUUAGUGAACGAUGUGCCAUGUGGUGGUCCUCCUCCUCCUCCUCCUCCUGCUCCUGCAACGACCACAACUACACCUGCUCCGGUGGUUUCUGGGCCCCACGAUCACAGGCCGACGGGACCUUUCCACGUGGCUUGCGAGAUGCCCCCUCUCUGAGCGCCGUCCAGACAAGGGGGAGGGGUGAGAGGGCGACCCCCACCCCUAUCGUAAUCACCUUGUUCCCUGUCGUUCUCUCAACGGAACCAGAAGUGUUCGGUCUUUUCAUUUUAUUGGAUUUAUUUAGUUUUGCUUAGAUGCAUUGUUCACAUCCUUGAGUCAUUUCUGUAUUUCGAAUCAUGUUGAUUUUCAGGCAAAAGUCAAUAGAGAUCACAUGUCUGACUAAUCUGGAACUUUUCCUGUUAUCCAAGCGCACAGUGUUGAAGUUCGAUAGCAUAGAAAAAAAUAACCGAUGCUAUUCCAAUUUUUCAGAAUUAAUAAAGUUACAAUUACAAAAAGCAAAUGAUAAUGAAUAUUUGAA